CGCUGUGGGCGCUCCUGUUUCUGUUGCCUCUGGUCAACAGCGCUCACGUUAAAGCCGACGCCGGUGCCAUUGGUGCGGGUGUGGACUCGGACCACAUGGCGGGCCUGCUGGGAGGCCAGGAGCAGCGACAACUUCCAGUCCUCCCGGAGGUGAUGGAGGACAUGGAGCAAGAAGACGAUAACUACCCGUAUUCUCCUUGGCAUCCUCUGUAUGACCCUUCCGUUGUCGAUGAAGCGGACGACCAUCCGAGCGCUCGCUGGGUGGGCCGCAUGGCACGUUCCUCGGACCCCUCCAAAUCUCAACCGAAAGGCUCGGCGAAGAAAAAGAAGAGGAAGAAGAAAGAAAAGGACGACGCCGAGGACGCGGUGAAGGGAGACGGAAGAGGACGACGUAAAAACAAGCAGCCCAAGCAGAGCAGCAGGGACUGCCGCGUGGAGAAACGAGAGAUGAAAGUCCGCGAUCUGGGACUCGGCUUCGACUCGGAUGAGAUCGUCCUCUUCAAGUUUUGUGUGGGCUCCUGCCAGUCUUCCAGGACUAACUACGACCUGGCGCUGAAAGCCCUGCUGCAGAACGGCUCGCUCCCGCGACGCACCUCCCGCAAGGUCAGCAACCACCCAUGUUGUCGACCCGAACGCUACGAGCCCGUGUCCUUCAUGGACGCUCAGACCACGUGGAGGACCAUCCAGUCCUUAUCUGCCGCGAGCUGCGUUUGUAUGGGCUGAAGGAGACCAGUCCUCUCCAGUGAUUGGACACAAAAAAAUGCACCAAAGACUCACGAAGCAGGAAGCAAUGGAGUCACUUCCUGUUUUUUUUUUCCCCUGUCCUGGAGGACGCGGUCUGGGUGCAGCUCAUUACUAGACCAGUGUUUCCCAACCUGUGUUGAGCCAAGGCACUCCUUUUAUCUAAAAAAAAUGUCACAAAAAGUGGAUACGAAGGGUCAUUAUACCUUCUGCCAUCUAGUGGAAGAGCAUUUUAAUGCUUCUGCCUGUCACUAUAUGUCACUGGCAAAAAAUAGAUGAACAAUACAGUACUGAUAGAAAAAUUGAUCGUAAAUUCCUGAUGAUCUCUCACAGCACAUAGGUUGGGAAUUACUGGACCGGGGGGGCAAAGGUCACAAUCAAAGCCAAAGAGGAGGCUUUGGAAAGCUCCUUGAGCAUUUAUCCAAAUAUUCUUGAAAUACAGGAUAAGGUCCAUGUACUAGUCCACGAGUAAAACAAUUUAGUAGAACGACAAGGGCGCACUACUAGUAAAACUGUAUUUUACUUGUAACGUUUUUUUUUUUCCCACUAGUGCUUGGCAAUACUGUAUGACAGUAGUGCACUAGAAUGACAUCUACAGUUGUACAGGAAAGUUACUUUUGAGGCAAAAAUGCACACUUAUAGACAUCCGCGUGCUACGAUUCCAUAUAAAUGCUCAAACGGCCAUUUGAAGAUUUAUUCAAUAUUCUCGAUAUCCAGCUUCAGGUGAGCAUGACAACAAGUAAGACCAUUUAGCGCUCUAGUAGAGCGACUAAAAAGCACUAGUACGACGACUACAUUUUACUCAUAACGUUGUUUUCCAGUCCAAAUGCCACUUUUAGCCGACUAGCAUGCAAUCAAAUCUUACUUUAAAAUUAUAUUCCGCAGCAGUAACGCUACUAGUUGCUGCUAGUGGGCAUGUGUCACGCACUAGUAGUCUCCUCAACCUAUCGAGUCGAACCAAAAAUGCCCAGUGGAAGUUUUGCCUCACUGCCAAAGUUGUCAUAGAGCAGUGAAAAAAAUAAUAAGUGUAAGAUGCAAUCAUACCCCCAAAAAGUACAAGUUGUAUUUUUACAGUGUAUGAGUGACCGGAAUUUUCUUACUAUUGAGGUCAAAGAGCAUACUAGUGCAUGGACCUUAAGGUUGAACUCGAGUAAAUGCUCAAAUUGCUUUCUGCGGGAGACCAUGAUGGAGCCACAGUAUGGAUUUUUUGUUACGAGCGAACUCUUUCCCUCUAUCCACAUAUGUUGCAGACUCACAGGAUGGACAAUGUGAACGUGACUGCUUUGAUUUGGAACAUGCGUGACUACCCAAAAAGUCUGAGACUCGAGUGACAGCUCGAGCAGCGACCGGGCAUUUAUCUUGGAAAACAAGCAAACAGACGGCGCUUAAAUGUUCAAUAUUUACUACUCGCGGAGAUGUCAGCUCUUCCCAGAAGUUCAAUAACAAGUAAAUGGGUUCAAUGUUCAAGUGAGCUCAGCCAAAUGGAUGCCAUGCAUCUUCACGUAUUACUGUAUAAAAGUAAAAUAUAUUUAUUUCUGAUAAAUUAUUUAUUUAUUAUAGCUUCGUAUGAGAGCUGUUUUAUUCCACUCUGUAUCGUAGAUGUAUAUCUAUUUAUUGCCAAACGUCAAUUUUCAUAUUAUUUCUGCUCCCCCAUUCACAAUGUACAUACUUCAUGAAGGUGCCGAAUCUCUUUUCAGAGCAGUCCAACUCCUCAAAAAAAAA